CCUACGGUAAUAAUGUCGCCCAGUGACCUAGUAUUAAAUAAAGCGACGGUUAUGGAGAUAGCGCAGGAUUAAUACGCACGCCAACGGCUUCGCAGUUUACAAUACUACCGGCAAAGUAAACAUUCAGCAAGACUUGAUUGACAGCGUCGAAAACUCAAAAAAGCAGUCGUGAUUCAUUUGGCUGGAUUCUUUCUGUAGAAUUUUCCGGAUCAUGCUGAAAUCAGUAGGAAAUCGCAUAGCAGAAAACCAUAAUUUGCCUUGAACAGCGCUAUCUCUCUGUCUCUCUCUCUCUCUUGGCCCUGCUGGAUUCGAACAGUAGAUAGAUCGAGCUACAAUACAACACAGCAUUGCCUUAUUUUUGGGAUAUUCUCUAUUGUCGCAAGGUCAAGGUUUAUUAUAACGGAAGGUAUUGGUUUGCAGAGGACUGAAUUGCAGUUCUACUGGGAUGGACAAUGCCCAUACUAAGACGGUUGAGGAGGUGCUGGGAUAUUUCAGUGUCAACGAGACAACAGGACUGAGCUCUGAGCAGUUAAGGAAGAGUAGGGAACGAUGGGGCACGAAUGAGUUACCUGCAGAAGAAGGGAAGUCACUAUGGGAACUUGUUCUGGAACAGUUCGAGGAUCUGCUUGUUCGGAUUCUCCUUCUUGCGGCCUGUAUUUCUUUUGCUCUGGCCUGGUUUGAAGAAGGUGAAGGAACCAUCACAGCCUUCGUAGAGCCAUUUGUCAUCCUUCUUAUUCUCAUUGCGAAUGCCAUUGUAGGGGUGUGGCAGGAGCGUAAUGCAGAAAAUGCCAUUGAAGCACUAAAACAAUAUGAGCCUGAGAUGGGGAAGGUGUACAGACAGGACAGGAAGAGUGUACAGCGGGUCAGAGCCAGAGAAAUUGUACCUGGAGACAUUGUGGAGGUGGCAGUUGGUGAUAAAGUCCCAGCAGACAUCAGACUGACCUCAAUCCGCUCUACUACUCUCAGAGUGGACCAGUCCAUCCUAACAGGGGAGUCUGUAUCCAUCCUGAAACACACAGACCCAGUGCCUGACCCACGUGCCGUCAACCAGGACAAGAAAAACAUGCUCUUUUCUGGGACAAACAUUGCAGCAGGGCGAGCGAUAGGUGUGGUAGUGGCCACAGGUGUACAAACAGAGAUUGGGAAGAUCAGAGAUGAGAUGGCAGCCACUGAUCCAGAGAGAACCCCUCUGCAGCAGAAACUAGACCAGUUUGGAGAGCAACUCUCAAAGGUGAUCACAGUGAUCUGUGUGGCAGUGUGGGCUAUUAACAUCAGUCACUUCAGUGACCCUGUGCAUGGAGGCAGCUGGCUGCGUGGAGCUGUGUACUACUUUAAGAUCGCCGUGGCCCUGGCUGUAGCCGCCAUUCCUGAGGGUCUUCCUGCUGUUAUCACCACUUGCCUGGCACUUGGCACACGUCGCAUGGCCCGCAAAAAUGCCAUAGUCCGUUCCCUUCCAUCUGUGGAGACACUCGGCUGCACCUCCGUCAUCUGCUCUGACAAGACAGGCACUCUCACCACCAACCAGAUGUCUGUCUGCAGGAUGUUUAUUGUGGACAUUGUCACGGGUGAGAGGUGUCUACUGAAUGAGUUUACAAUAACUGGAUCUACUUACGCCCCUGAAGGAGAUGUGUAUAAGAAUGGGGUACCAGUAAGCUGCAGUCAGUAUGAGGGUCUGGUGGAAAUGGCCUCUAUCUGUGCCCUGUGUAAUGACUCCUCACUGGACUACAAUGAGAGUAAAGGGGUGUUUGAGAAAGUAGGAGAGGCAACUGAAACAGCUCUGUGUUGUCUGGUGGAGAAGAUGAACGUGUUUGACACAGACCUGAGAGGCCUCACACUUGCUGAAAGAGCCACAGCCUGCUGCUCGGUUAUAAAGCAGUUAAUGAGGAAAGAGUUAACUCUGGAGUUUUCUCGAGACAGGAAGUCCAUGUCUGUUUUCUGCUCUCCAAACAAACUCACUCGCUCUGCUUCAGGGGCCAAGAUGUUUAUCAAGGGGGCACCAGAGAGCGUGCUGGAGCGUUGUGGCUGGAUACGGGUAGCAGGUGGUACACGGGUGCCACUGACCUCUGACCUCAGGGAGCAGCUCUUAGGCACAGUGAGAGAAUGGGGCUCAGGUCGUGAUACACUACGCUGCCUCGCUAUGGCAACCAAGGACUCUCCCCCAGACACUCGAACUCUGAAUUUAGAGAACUCUGCAGGCUUCAUAGAAUAUGAGUCUGACUUGACAUUUGUGGGCUGUGUGGGAAUGUUAGAUCCACCCAGGAAGGAGGUGCUGAAUGCAGUGCGGAUGUGCAGACAGGCCGGCAUACGGGUCAUAAUGAUAACAGGUGACAAUAAGGGCACAGCCUUGUCUAUCUGUCGUCGUGUGGGCAUCAUAACGGAUCAGGAGGAAGAGGAGGCUGAAGGUGGUCCAUUCGGGAGCGGCCUCACUGGUCGGGAGUUUGAUGAGCUGCCACCCCAUCUGCAGCGUCAGGCCUGUCGCACAGUCCGCUGUUUCGCCCGAGUUGAGCCAACGCACAAGAGCCGCAUCGUUGAAUAUUUGCAAAGCCUCAGUGAUAUCACGGCUAUGACGGGUGAUGGCGUGAAUGAUGCUCCCGCUCUGAAAAAGGCUGAGAUUGGCAUUGCCAUGGGCUCAGGCACAGCAGUGGCUAAAUCUGCUUCAGAGAUGAUCUUAGCCGACGAUAACUUUUCAACAAUCGUGGCUGCUGUAGAGGAGGGCCGAGCUAUUUACAACAACAUGAAACAGUUCAUUCGCUACCUCAUUUCCUCUAACAUCGGAGAAGUAGUCUGUAUAUUCCUCACAGCUGCUUUGGGUAUGCCUGAGGCUCUCAUCCCAGUCCAGCUGCUGUGGGUCAAUCUGGUGACUGAUGGGUUCCCAGCCACUGCUCUUGGCUUCAACCCCCCUGACCUGGACAUCAUGUCCCGUCCUCCACGCUCCCCCAAAGAACCACUCAUUUCUGGCUGGCUCUUCUGCAGAUACCUCAUCAUUGGCUGUUAUGUAGGUGCAGCUACAGUUGGUGCUGCUGCCUGGUGGUUCAUGGCUGCUCAUGAUGGACCAAAGCUCAGCUACUAUCAGCUGUCUCACUAUCUGCAGUGCAGUGAAGGUCAUGCUGAGUUUGCUGGAGUGCAGUGCUCUGUGUUUGAGUCGCCAUACCCCAUGACUAUGGCCUUGUCUGUGCUGGUCACCAUAGAGAUGUGCAAUGCCCUCAACAGUUUGUCAGAAAAUCAGUCUCUACUCAAGAUGCCACCAUGGUCAAACCCUUGGCUGGUGGGAGCCAUAUGUCUCUCCAUGGCCCUACACUUCCUCAUCUUAUAUGUGGAUCCUCUACCUGUCAUAUUCCAGAUCAGGCCGUUAUCUUGGCAACAGUGGGUGACCGUUUUGAAGAUGUCCCUGCCUGUUAUUCUGAUGGAUGAAGCCCUGAAGUUCUUGGCCAGAAACUACAUUGAGCCUGGUAGCGAUCUGUAUCUGGAGGAAGAACAUGGCCAAGGAAGUACAGCCGGGGGCCUGAUUGGAAAGCUGCGUCGGGCCUUCAGAGGUGUGUCCUGGUCAUUCGUGUUCAUCUCUGCCCCAUUGCUGGUCUGGAUCUUCAGCCUGGACUCAGACAUUACCAAUAUCUUCUGGGAUUAGAAAGGAGUGUGUGUGUGUGAGUGUGAGUGUGUCUGAGUCAGAGUGAGUGAGUGAGAGAAAGACAGACAGAGUGAGAGAAAGACAGACAGAGUAAGAGAAAGACUGACAGAGCGAGAGCAAGCUGAGAUUUACAAAGCUGCUUGGAGCUACUAUCAGUGGCUGAUAAAUAGAUGGCUGUAAAAGCAGUGUACGGAUCUAAUGUAGGAAUGAAUUUGGUGCACACAGUGGAAUAUAGAGAGGUACGGAUGAAAGCUAGUGUAGAACCAGGACAAUCACUGAUAAAGAGAUGCUGGGUAAAGGGAUUGAAUUGAGUCAUGACCAUCUACUUCUGCCUUCUCCAUGUCUCACUGUGAGACAUCCUGAAAUUUUGCAUUCUUCAUUCAGUUUGUAUUGUUUUUUUUUAAAGAUGAAAAUACAUAUACAUCUCUUUAUUCUAGCCUAAAAAAAUCAAAUUUGAGAAUUAAUUUUAGUGUAGAGAAAUUUAGCUACUUCUUCAGCAAUACAUAACACCCAAAAAUCACUGCAAUUGUUCAUCAAAGACAACGAACAACCCAUUUUUCAUUACAAAUUAUAUUUUGACCACAUUACCCUUAUUCAUAGACAUUGUCACAAUUUAUCUUUCCUUCUACAUAUAUUUCUUGUCUCUUAUGAGGUGAAAUAAUGUUUUGUUAAUCAGCAUUUUUGUCUCAUUUCCCCUUGGUUUGUUUUCCAUUAAAAUAUCUAAACACUCUAAAAAGAUACAUUAAGACUUGUUUUCAGAGGUUGUCAUGAAUUAAGAUGUUUUUCUUAACCCACUGGCAAUUUUCUUUCUUCUUUUAAGCAUACAUCUUAUACACUUUAGUGAGACUUAUGCUUAAAACUAUAAUUUGCCAGUGGUUUAAUAAACUUAAUGUAGGAUAUUGUCUUAUCAUCAUACAAAAUUACUUUUCAAGUAAAUUCAACUUGUUUUAAGGACAUUUAAACAGAAAAAAAAACAAGAUACUUUUUUUUUGCUGAUGUUGGGCCCAGAAACAUUUUCUUUAAAUAAAUGUUCAAGAGUAAUGUUGUUAAAAAAUUAAACGAAACCAAGUUAAACAAGAAAAAACAUCAGGGAGGGAGGGAUAUAUAUAUAUAUAUAAGUCUUUAUGGUUUCUUUUUUGGCCCCUACAGACAAAAUACCUUCUUUAGGUAUUAUUCUCUAAGUUAUAGGUUUGAUUAAUUUGAGCUUGGAAUAAAAUGCACACCUUUAGCAACAUUCAAUACUCCUAUUUUUUAGGUGUUUUGUAUUUAUUGUGUUUUUUGCACCCAAACUAUUGCUGCAGUGAGAAACAGCAUCAUUAUUUGUUUUUCUAAUGUCAUUAUUCGUUUUUUUUAUAUAAUCUUUAUUCAGUUUACUUUAACUGUAUUUUGGCAUCAUACUGUAUUCCCACAGUCCAAGUGAUGUGAUAGACCAAGACAACAUUUUAACAUGGUCUUGUGCUUAAAAUUGACUCAUCAGAGCAAUACACUUUCGAGUCUGUAGAGUCAAAAUUCCUAUUUCCAUAACCUAUCACUCUUUAAUAUGACAUAUAAGUCACAUGCACUUCCAUGUGUGUCAUUCCCCAUCUUUUGUUACUGGUUCUCAUUUGUUAUGGAUUUUGAAACAUUACUAUUACUUUUUUUAGGAAUGUUCGAAAAACAUUCCAGUGUUUUCAAUGUGACCGCUUUAGUUUUAUUUACAUGCCUGUUUGGUAAAGAGAUGUACUUUUUCCACCUUUCCUCCUUCAAUGGGACUAUUUUGUUCAUUUGAGUUUGACUAGUUAGCGUCCUUUAGAGGCCUAAGCAACCUGUUUAAGACCGAAUUCCAGUUCUACUACAACUGAUUCAGCAUGAUUGUUUGGAUCCUCAGUUGCCAAUUACCUCAAAGGCCUAAUUUUAUGGGUGAUAGAGAAUCAAUUGGUGAUCCUUAAAAAGUUCCAUUCCACAAAAAUGGAAGAAAAGGAGGAUUAUAAAAGGGUUAAGAUCCUGUUCUUUUCUAUUUGUGACAUUUUGGUUAUAUUUAUUUACUAUUUCUUGAGAAAGAAGAAGACCAUGCAUUUUGUUGUAUUUUGUUAUUUAAUCGGUUGAUACCAUAAUUGUCAUUUAAUGACUGUUUCAUUACAGGGAAAUGGAAAUUGCUUCAUGAAAUGGAAAAUAAA